UUAAGCUUAAAAGAGUCCUACUCCAUUUCCACACUUGAUCUUCCUUUUGGUCUCAUGGCAACUUCUUCAACUUCCUUAGUCUUCAAGGUUCAUCGUCGUGAACCGGAACUCAUAGCUCCGGCUAAGCCUACCCCUCGAGAGUACAAACUAUUAUCCGAUAUCGAUGAUCAAGAAGGUCUUCGAUUUCAGAUUCCGGUUAUCCAAUUUUACAGAUAUAAUCAUUCCAUGCAAGGAAAAGAUCCCGUUAGAGUGAUUAGGGAGGCACUUGCACAAACCCUGGUGUUUUAUUACCCGUUUGCGGGCAGGUUAAGAGAAGGACCUCAGCGGAAACUGAUUGUUGAUUGCACCGGAGAAGGCUUGAUGUUCAUCGAAGCGGAUGCAGAUGUUACACUUGAGCAGUUCGGUGAUGUACUUCAACCACCGUUCCCUUGCUUGGAGGAACUCUUGUACGAUGUUCCGGGUUCUGCUAAUGUGCUCAACUGUCCAUUGAUACUUAUUCAGGUGACACGAUUAAGAUGUGGUGGUUUUAUUUUUGCACUCCGUCUAAAUCACACUAUGAGUGAUGCUGCCGGAAUAUCCCAAUUCAUGUCCGCUGUAGGAGAAGUGGCUCGUGGUUGGCUCUCCCCGUCGAUCCCACCCGUAUGGGAAAGACAUCUCUUAGCAGCUAGAGAUCCACCAAGAGUCGCAUGUAAACACCGUGAGUACGACGAAGUAGAGGGAACCAUUGUUCCCUACGACGACAUGGUCCAUCGAUCCUUUUUCUUCGGCCCCACUGAAGUUUCAGCACUUCGCAAACUUGUGCCACAACACGUUAGUAAGUGUUCGACUUUUGAGCUAUUGACUGCUUGCUUAUGGCGUUGUAGAACCAUCGCAAUUCAAGCUAACCCCGAGGAAGAGGUGCGCAUCAUCUGCAUUGUAAACGCGCGUUCCAAGUUUAAUCCUCCAUUACCUUCGGGGUAUUAUGGGAACGCAUUCGCGUUUCCGGUGGCAGUAGCACAAGCAGGGAAACUUUGUCAAAAUCCAUUAGGGUAUUCAUUAGAGCUUGUGAAACAAGCCAAGAAUGACGUAACGGAAGAAUACAUGAAAUCAGUCGCAGAUUUAAUGGUGAUUAAGGGAAGACCACAUUUCACCGCUGUUCGAUCUUACUUGGUCUCGGACGUGACACGUGCCGGGUUCGGAGACGUCGAUUUCGGGUGGGGUAAAGCGGUGUAUGGCGGUCCGGCUAAGGGUGGAGUAGGGGCAAUACCUGGACUGGCAAGCUUUUUAAUACCAUUCAAGAACAAGAAAGGAGAGUCUGGGAUUGUGCUGCCGAUUACAUUACCGGCCCAAGCUAUGGAAAUAUUUGUGAAAGAAUUAGAUGCAAUGUUGCAGGGAAAGCCAGUAGAUGGGAGUGGACAAAAAUCGGUUUUCAUUUCAUCUUCUUUGUAAAACCUAAUGGAUACAAGAGGUCGGAGAAUCUCAAGUCUAGCUCAUGUACAAUUUAUAUUAUCAUUUUCAAGCUAGGACAUUUUAUAUGUUUAGGGAUUCAGAUCAACAGAACGAUCUUAUUUCCUUAUUAUUAGGGUUUUUCCCCUUUAGAAAAACGAAAUCGUGUGGGACUCGUUUCUUCAUGUUGUAGAAUUAUAUAUUUGUAUGCUAACUUAUCUUUGUGUUGCUAUA